GGCUUAUCCGCCCAACUACGUUUCGGAGGUCACAUUUGCCGAACGUGAGUGAGUUGAUUGGUGUAUGUUCAACGGAAACAUUGUCCCAUUCGCGCGUUGAGGUAAAGGAACGCAAUGACCAUGAAUCAAGCGGUUGAUGAUCAACAUGUGGAUCUGGAAAUGUUGGCCACAGAGUCGCGCAACCCUGCCACAGUGCACAUCGAUGCUGUAUCCACGAUCGAGCUUUGCAGGAUGAUCAACAACGAGGAUCUGAAAGUUGCCAAAGCUGUCUCCCUACAUAUAGACACAAUAGCACGCGUGAUUGACCAGAUUACGAGCAGACUUGCUAGAGGUGGCCGUGUCAUUCAGCUGGGCGCCGGAACGAGUGGCCGACUAGGCGUUCUCGAUGCUUCUGAGAUUCCACCAACCUACUCAGCACCAGUCGAAUCUUAUAUCGGACUGAUUGCCGGCGGCGAUCAGGCUCUCCGAAAAUCAGUCGAGGAUGCCGAAGACUCGCGUCAACAAGGCCAAGAGGCUCUAGCUACACUGGAUCCGCCAUUAUCGAAGCAAGACACUGUCAUUGGCAUCGCUGCAUCGGGACGGACGCCGUACGUCCUGGGAGCUCUCGAGCACGCAAAUUCUACUGGAUGUCUCACAGUUGGUAUCGCUUGUGUUGAGAACAGUGCUUUUCGUCAAGAGGGCAAUUGCGAGGAAGUCGUCGAGUGCAUCGUUGGACCGGAGGUCGUCACUGGAAGCACGAGAAUGAAAGCAGGAACGGCAACUAAAUUGCUCUUGAACAUGAUCAGCACGGGUGUUAUGAUCCGUACGGGAAAGACGUAUGGCAAUCUGAUGGUCGACCUGAAAACUGCUAAUCACAAGCUAGUCGUGAGAGCCCGCCGAGUAUUCCGAGCCAUCGUUGCAACGGCCUCUGAAGAAUACGAGAUCAAGCGCGAUGCCUUAGCGGACGAUGAAGCGGUAGACGCAAUUCUCCGUAAUUCUGAUGGAAGUGUCAAAGUAGCGGCUCUGGCGUAUUUACGGGAUUGCAGUGCCGAGACCGCUCGGGCCUUGUUGCAAGCGAGUGAAGGCCGCUUAAAACAAGCUUUGGCGAGCCCGACGGUCCGGUGAAGCCUGAGAAGGGAAUGUAUACAUUUCUCCGGCCAACUCGCUACCUGAGAGGGUUAUCUAAUGGGCUGGGUCAUGAGAAACAGAGCUCCAAAAUGGGCUGUGUCACGAAAGGGUCCUCGACAUUACAGAUCAGUUAGGCGGUAGGGUCGUUCUGAUGCAGCCUGCCCUCCCGACGUCUGGACUGACUGUCCUGUCUCGCCUCUGUUUGCCUAUACCCGCCGCGAAUCGUUCUAUUCCGUACUCCUUAGCCAACGAAAUCUGACAGUAAUUGCGACAGACGUCAAAGUUCCAGAGGGGAAGUUCUUCUUGGGUGAUGCAGCUUUUAGUAAUAGCAAUGCUACAUUGGCACCCUAUAGAGCGGUGCAGUAUCAACUGAAGGAGUAUGGCAACGGAAACAGGCGG